UCGUGAUGUUGCACUACGGUAAUCAAGAUCUCCCGAUCUUCACAAGCAUCGUCGUCGUCAUCUGUCGAUCCCGAAACGCUCCUCGAUGAAGGGUUCUAGAGGACGAUACUCUAGUAUAAUAGACUCUGGGCAGCACUAGCAAUGCUCGAGCACAAAAGUGCCCAGGCACAAUACAGCACGGUAGACCUCCAGCUACCAAAACACUGAGAACCAAUCCAUUCGACGCUCGCUAUAUUUCUCCAGCACGUAUCAUACGAUGAAUGGUGUGAUGAGUUACUUCCAGCUGCAGGGUCACUCGAACGGGCCCCCCCGAAAUACGAUAGUCUACCCCGGGCACUCAUGCCCGAGUACAGGUAUUAUACCUCCAACAUCCCUCGCAUCCUUCCCCCACCACAAUCGAUGAAAGCUCCAUCCAGGAGUGAGUGCCCAUGAAUCAGCGUUAUCAUUCCGAUCGGGGGAUAAGCUUUUAGGAUCCUCGGAAGUAACAACCGCCAAACACCCCAGUAUGCGGUGCCGGUAUUCUACACCAUCUCUCUUUCCUCCAAUGGGUGCUUGCGGGUAGAGCAUAAAUCCGUGGCCUGAUGGAGCUCUGUCGUCACUGCUCACUUUUGGUGGGGGGUUGUACGAGUACACCUGCACACCUUCUUUUUUUCCAGAAUGGAUUACUCGUACCAUACAUCGAUCGUCCGAGGUCUUUAGGAUACAUGCAGAGGAUUGGUCCGUCUGCCUGCUCUGUUUGCUCCACUAACUUACGAGUAUUUAAGGGGGUCGGCGGUCUGGUUGCGUUGCGGGCCUGAGGUUUUUGGGACCGCAUUUUCUGAGCUUUCCUUCCACUUUUACUCGUGAUCUUUUGUUUGGCCCCGGGUCCCUUUAUUCGAAUCCUCCCCCAUCUGAUUGGUUAGUCUCUAUCGUGGGAAACGGUUUGCUUCAUCAUGGCCCCUUCAGAGAAUAUCUCGAUUGCUAUGUACCUCUUUAAGCGUCUCCAUGAACUUGGAGUGCGCGGGGUUCACGGAGUUCCGGCAGGUCUUCUCCGAUAUAUUCGCCAUUUCGUCAAUUGGCUAACGGGAGAUACCAUAGGGUGAUUUCAAUCUUGCCGUACUCGAUCUGCUCCCUGAUGCCGGUUUGUAUUGGGUAGGGAAUUGUAACGAACUCAAUGCAGGUAUAAACCCCCUUCUACAAAAGCAUCCCAUGAGUACGGCUCCCGAAAACUAAUAUUCUCCUCUCAAAAUAGCUUAUGCUGCCGACGGCUACGCCAGAAUCAAAGGAAUUUCAGCGUUGAUUACAACGUUUGGUGUUGGUACGCCAUAGGUCCUAACGCUCCUGCUGGUAGAUCUUUAUUGAUAAACCAUCACAGGGGAACUUUCUGCACUCGCGGGCGUGAGUAUUGUUUUUUUUUUUUUUUUCAGAAAGCCAAUAGACGUUCCCCCCCUUAUUAACGUGCAAUCGUAGAUUGCAGGAUCCUUCAGCGAGCAUGUUCCCGUGGUUCAUAUCGUCGGUAUCCCCAAUACAAUUUCGCAGAGGAAUGGUAAGUGGGCUUUAGCCAUUAUGGGCUUGAGCAGAUUGCUAACGGUUUCUCCUGCGUUUAGGUCUUUUGCUUCAUCACACCCUUGGAAACGGUGACUUUACCGUUUUUCAGAAUAUUUCGAGGAACAUCUCUGUGACUUCGACCAUCUUGAAUGAUCCUCAUAGAGCUGCUUCGGAAAUAGAUCGUGUGCUUUCGGGUAUUUCCCCCCACUAAUUCGCGUAACCCUUCGGAUAGCGGCUGAUAAGUUGUCGAAUGACAGCUUGCUGGGUUAAGGCCAGGCCGGUAUAUAUAGGUAAGCUCUCUUUGAAUCUUCAUGUUAUUAUGGCUCAAGUUAACACAUCUCAUGACAGGUCUCCCCACCGACGUUGCCUCCAGGGAAAUUCCGGCAACCCACCUUGGCACCCCUCUGGACUUGAGAAUCCCCGACAAUGAGCCCGAGACCGAAUCCGAAGUGGUCGAUGAGAUCGCUGGCCUGAUGUACAGCUCCAAAAACACCAUCAUCCUCGCAGAUGCCUGUGCAAUCCGCCACCGUGUGCUAGACGAGCUCCAUGAACUCGUGGAAAAUACACAGUUCCCCACUUUCGUCUCGCCAAUGGGCAAGGGUGCCGUCAACGAAGAAUUGAGAGCGUAUGGGGGGGUCUACGUCGGGGAUGCCAGCAGAGACGAGGUCCGGCAGUACGUGGAUAACGCCGAGCUCAUCCUGUACGUCGGUGGUUUGCAAAGCGACUUCAACUCUGGCGGCUUCACAUAUAGAAUCUCUAGGAAGAAUACCGUCGAGUUUCACAGUGACCACAUGAAAGUCCGAUAUUCCGAGUUUCCUGGGAUCCAGAUGCAGCCGGUUCUCAGGAAGUUGUUGGAUAAACUUGACUAUUCAAAGGUCCAGCAGACACGCUCUAUCCCGGAUGUUUCGAAUACUAUCCCUCACAGAGUCCAAGAGUCUGUUUCGCAAGAGAUCAGUCAUGCAUGGCUUUGGCCGAGAGUUGGACAGUGGCUCAGGGAAGGUGAUGUGAUUAUCACGGAAACGUUAGCCUUCCCAAUCAUGGAUCAUCACUAGCUCCUACUCACUCGCACUAGUGGAACAUCGAAUUUUGGUAUCUGGGAAACCCGCUUCCCAAAGAACGUGACCGCUAUUUCACAGGUCCUCUGGGGAUCAAUCGGGUACUCUGUUGGAGCGUUACAGGGCGCAGCACUUGCCUGCAAGGAAGAAUAUCCGGAAAGAAGAGUGAUUCUCUUCGUCGGCGACGGCUCACUGCAACUGACUGUCCAGGAAAUCAGUACUAUGAUCAGACAUGGGCUUAAACCGAUAAUGUACCCCCCCGCCCCUAUGCUCCCGGGAAUACUAUAAAGCUAACAUUGGGUCCUCCUCUAGCUUCGUAAUCAACAACAAAGGGUACUCUUCCUCCCCUUCCCCCACACCACUAAACCAUAGCUAACAAACAUAGAUACACAAUCGAACGCAUGAUCCACGGCAUGAAAGCAAGUUAUAACGACAUCCAACCCUGGAACCACACCGACCUGCUCAACGUCUUUUGCGCAGACCCCUCAGAUGCAAAGUCCUACCAGUGCAAGUCGAGGGAUGCGCUCGAGAGUCUGUUCAAAGAUGACAAGUUCUCUAGUGCUCCUUAUAUCCAGGCAUGUCCCCGCCAGUGGCCGUGCUCGGCAUGAGAGGAUGAGGGUGCUAACGGAUAUCUGUAGCUGGUGGAAGUUUUCAUGCCCUGGCAGGACGCUCCUAGGGCACUUAUUAAGAUUGGCAAGAUUACGGCGAGUUUGAACGAUGGAAGUGGGAGUGGGCAAUAAUAAUAAUGUAUUGGAGAAGAGAAGGUGGAUGAAGGCAAGAAGAGAGAAGAAAGGAAGAUUUCCUACGGUAUUCAAAUGUUGUAUCUGUGCGGUGUAUGAGAGACAUCAGGGACAGAACAUAGCGUAGGAGGAUAAACACCAUACGGUUACCACUGGUAAACUUGUGCCACCCAC